AUGGCUGACAACCAGGACCAGCCAAUUAACCUAUCUCCUUAUGCUAAAGUGUCUUAUCCUCAACGGUUGAAGCAUGAAAUCCAGAAGCAGCACUAUGUAAGGUUUCUGGAUAUUUUUAAGAAGUUGUCGAUUAACAUUCCAUUUGCUAAGGCCCUGGAGAACAUGCCACACUAUGCCAAAUUUAUGAAGGAUCUUCUAUCUAAGAAGAGGAGAUUGAAGGAUGGUGAGACAGUGGCUUUGACAGAAGAGUGUAGUGCCCUGAUCCAAAAGAAGCUUCCACCAAAAUUGAAAGAUCCUGGAAGUUUCAGCAUCCCUAUUGCCAUUGGAGAUGUGGAAGUAGGGAAGGCACUUUGUGAUUUGGGGGCUAGCAUAAAUCUGAUGCCUUUGACUGUAUGUAGAGCCUUGGGAAUCAACACCCUGAAGGAUACUAAUCUUAUAUUGCACCUUGCUGAUAGAUCCAUCAAAAGACCAGAAGGUGUGGUUGAAGAUGUUCUGGUCAAGGUGGACAAGCUUAUUUUUCCAGUGGAUUUUUUUAUUCUAGAUAUGGAAGAAGAAGAUACUGAAAGCCCUCUACAGCUAGGGAGGCCAGUUUUAGCAACUGCUAGAUCCCUGAUUGAUGUUGAACAGGGGAAGCUGAUGCUAAGAGUGAAUGAAGAGACAGUUACAAUUGAUGUAUUUGAAGCCAUUAAACAUCCUGUUGAUGUGGAGCAUUGUUUCAGGAUUGACAUUAUACAGGAGGUUGUGAAAGAAGUGACGGGAGAAGAGAACCUGUUAUUGGAGGAAGACAAAAGUAAGGAAGAAAUGAGUGGGGAAUUUUAUCAGGAGGAACUAGUAGUUGAAGAGCUUGAAAAGAAGGUGGAUGACAUUCCUAAGGGAGCACCUAAGGUGGAACUGAAAGAACUAUCUUCAAAUUUGAAGUAUGUGUUCCUUGGGGAUGAUGAAACCUACCUAGCCAUUAUCAAUGCAUUUUUGUCUGAAGGGGAGGAAGUGAAGUUGGUUGAGGUACUCAAGAAGAACAAGACAGUCAUGGGCUAG